GGGACCCGCAACUACAAGAAGACCCUGCUCCUACGGCACCACGUCUCCACGGAGCACAAGCUCCACGAAGCCAACGUCCAGGAAUCAGAAAUACCUUCAGAAGAGGGAUACUGUGACUUUAAUAGUAGGCCAAAUGAAAACUCUUAUUGCUGUCAACUUCUUGGACAAUUAAAUGAGCAGAGAAAGAAAGGUAUUCUUUGUGAUGUCAGCAUUGUGGUGAGCGGAAAAAUCUUUAAAGCUCAUAAGAACAUCCUGGUUGCAGGCAGCCGUUUCUUUAAGACUUUAUAUUGCUUUUCCAACAAAGAAAGCCCUAACCAAAACAAUACUACCCACUUAGAUAUUGCUGCAGUUCAAGGUUUCUCCGUCAUCUUGGACUUCCUGUACUCUGGUAACCUGGUGCUCACGAGUCAAAAUGCCGUUGAAGUGAUGACCGUGGCCAGCUACCUGCAGAUGAGCAAAGUUGUCCAGACUUGCCAAAAUUUCAUCAAAGAUGCCUUAAAUAUAAGCAUUAAAUCUGAAGCUCCGGAGUCUGUGGUUGUGGACUACAACAACAGAAAACCAGUCAGUAGAGAUGGUCUGUCUGCAUCGCGGGAUCAAAAAAUUGCCAGUUUUUGGGCAACACGGAAUCUUACCAAUUUGGCAAGUAGUGUAAAAACUGAAAAUGAUGGUUGCAGUGUCGAUGAGGGCCAAAUGGAGAACUACCAAAUGAAUGACAGUGGUUGGGCUCAGGAUGGUUCACCUGAAUUGGCUGAAAGUGAAGCCCCAAGUCAAACAAAAGUGUUUAUUUGGAAUAAUAUGGGCUCCCAGGGAAUUCAAGAAACUGGCAACAAAACAAGGAGGAAAAAACAAACUGCAAAGAGAUUUAUUUAUAAUAUACCGCCUAAUAAUGGAACAAGUUUAGAAGAUCGCUCAGUGAUGCAGCCACCUCAACCUGUUGCCUAUCCAGAAGAAGAUAUGUCAUUCAUUAAGGAAGAACCAGAUCUGGAUGGUGCUCUGCUCCCGGGGCCGGACUGUGACAGGACUGUGAACGCAAACGUGCUGGCAGAAGCCAGCUUGGGGCAGGAUGCAGGCGAUGCUGGUACUUCACAUGAUUUCAAGUAUGGCCUGAUGCCUGGCCCAUCAAGUGAUUUCAAGUAUGGAUUACUACCAGGUACUUCAAACGAUUUCAAGUAUGGAUUGCUACCAGGUGCUGCAAACGAUUUCAAGUAUGGAUUGUUGCCUGAAUCUUGGCCAAAACAAGAAACUUGGGAAAAUGGUGAAUCAUCUCUAAACAUGAACAAGUUAAAAUGCCCUCAUUGUACCUAUGUAGCCAAAUACAGACGAACACUAAAAAGGCAUUUGCUCAUUCAUACGGGAGUCAGAUCCUUUAGCUGUGAUAUUUGUGGAAAACUGUUUACUCGAAGAGAGCAUGUAAAAAGACAUUCCCUGGUGCAUAAAAAGGAUAAAAAAUACAAAUGUAUGGUGUGUAAGAAGAUCUUCAUAUUAGCUGCCAGUGUUGGAAUCAGACAUGGAUCUCGACGCUAUGGUAUUUGUGUAGAAUGUGCAGAUAAACCGCGGCCAGGAAGGCAAGAAGGUGUAGAUCAGGGACAGGAGACAGAUUUCCCUCGGGAUGAAGAGUACGAGGAGAACGAAGGGGGAGAAGCCGAAGAAGAGCUGGCUGACGAGGGAGAAGAUCAGAACCCCCCGUCACGCUGGGACGAGUUGGGAGACGUCUGUAUGUCUCAGGAUGACUAACUGGCCUACUCUGCUCCUCAAGGAUGCUGCAUUGGGACGUAAUAUGAAGCGACAAUUUGAAUUGUUGAACUUGAAGGCUUGCAAAUAUGGUACAUGCUGGAUGGUAGUUAAGUUGCUGUGAAAACUGUAGGGUCAAAGCCUCAGAGCAAAAUUUUUUUAUAUUUGCACAGGACUGGACAGCAACCAACCUUGCAGUUGGAUUACAUGGAGUCCCCACAUUUUCAGUCAGUUAUCAAAGUAAAAAUGUUUUUUAUUGAUAGGAUAUACAGUAACUCUUUGGGUCCUAAUGAAAAUGGAUUACCUGUCUGUAAAUAACUGACGUUUACAUACCAGUUUAACCAGAAUGAAGAAAAUCCAGUUAUGAGACUACAGUGACAGCUGGCCCAACUACACUGUCCACCAAACCACUCAGGCUAGUUUGUACUAGUAGAGUUUUGUUUCUAUU